UCCAACAUUGAUGAAUGCAAUGGCUUCAAACAUGAGAGCUUGUGUGGUAAUGGUGAUAAUAAGUGCUUGUUUGCUAUCAGUGUGUAUUUUGGGAGUGGAGGGAGAUAGGUGUAAAGAUCAAGUCCAAGGGCUUGUUAAUGCCUGUAAGCCAAUUAUCUAUGGGCAAUCGCCAUCACCCAAUUGCUGUUCACUGAUAAGGAGUGGAGAUACAGCUUGUGUGUGUCCCAAAGUUACUCCUCAGCUUGCUGCUCUCAUUCAAAUUAGCAAAGCUGUCCGGAUAGUUGAAGGUUGUGGAAGAAAAGUUCCCCACCAUUUCAGAUGUGGCAGUGUUGUCACGCCGUAAUAGAUGGAUGUUUAGUAUGCUAUGGGAAUACGGUAGUUAUAAGAUAGUGAUAAUAAGUUGCAGGUGUAGUCAUGCAGCAGUAAGAGCAAUCAGUGGGAUAAGUCUUCCAUGGCUUCGACUGUUUAAAGUCAGUCAGAUGCAAAGUGGUAUGUCCUUAGCAGGACAUUGGAUCUAAAUUAACUGUUAGAGAGAUGAUGGUUUAUCUAUCAUAAUCUUUUCACUUUAAUUAAAUGUUAACUAUUUAUUAAAUAUUUUCUUAUCA